CGUUCCAACGUUCCUGGUGGCAGAAGGGUUAAAGAAAAUAUGCCUUGCUCACAUCUUCUCCUGUGACUCAUCUGUGUGUAGAUGGAAGGAGUGGCUUCGCUCCUGUAUCCGAGGAUUCAGUAAAGCUUCACUACCAGCAGAGACGGAGAGAGAGAGAAUUGCUUGAAGUGGUUGUGGACACUGCGCUGUCAUCCCCGGCUGCUGUGUCUCUCCAUAGCUCCGCAUGCUGUGCUCCUGAAGAUGUGCUCCUGUGCAUCCCACAGUUGUGACCUGACAGCCAUGUAUGGGCCCGCAGACAAACACGGGAGCAGUGGGGGUAAUAGCAUCAAUGACACAUCAACCAGCAACCUGGGUAGUUCCAUCACAGCAUGCAAAAAGGUUAUCUGUCCAAACCAACCUACAGAUUCAUUAGAGUACUGGCUUCAAAAUUCAAGGAACCUCUGCAAGGUCAGCCUAGUAGAAGAGAGCAUGGAGUCCAACUGCACCUCUAUCUGUUUUGUAAACCUAAAAGAGGAUUUAAGCCAUGCAGCUUUACGAAAGAAGUUGGAUGGAGUGCCUCCCGACUUACAGAGGUUGAUAAACUCCAUGAGGUCACAGGAACUGGCAGAGAAUGAGAUAGUCUUGUGGAGUGGACUGUCCAACAGAAAAUGUGGGCAUGUCCCAGAGAUUCAACAAGUCUGGCGGCCUGAUGAAGUGUGCCUGCUGCUGCGGAGUAAAAUGGAGAACACUUCAAAUGCCAUCAUCCUGCAACUGAACAAGUUUCUUCUGGGUUUAGAGAUGGCACAAGAGAACCAUUUCCAGGCUAACACCAGCCCGCUCCGAGCCGAGGAUGACACCAACUGUUCAGUUUCAUCAAUAGAAGAGGAUUUUUUGACGGCCUCUGAACAACUAGAAGAUGAGGGUGAAGGGGAAGUCUGCAAAGGAGAGCCUCCUGAUGAUAUCAAGAAAGCAAAAAGAAACGAAGCUCAAAAUUCUCAGAACAAAAAAACUGGAAUGACAAAUCUUAGGCAAGAAGAAAAGAAUGUGGCUGUUGAGUCUACAGUGAAGAUGAAAAGAAACUCUGCAGGAAGGAGAGCUUCUCUGGUGGAAAUAAACCUUGAGUGUAAAAAUGAAAGAGAGGAAAGUCAGUACAUAGAAAGUAAAGUACGACAAAGCGCAUCGUGUGAGGGUGAUCAAUGCUUAGAAUCUUUUGAAGACCCUGCAACUACAGGCCAGUAUGCCACCAACUUGGCAGAAUGUGUACUACAAGAUGCAUUUAUUAGGCUGUCUCAAUCUGACAACUCUUUCGCCAAGGAGGCAUCUCUUUGCAUUUCAGCUGGUGACUCUGUGCUCUCCACGUUGAAUUCUAAAGAAGGUUCCCCUGCUGUAUCUCGGUCAUGGAACGAAUUACCAAAAAUUGUUAUAGUACAGAGCCCGGACAGCUGUGACAGCCCAACAGAAUGGAUUGAUGAAUCGCAUUGGCCCGAGCAGGAGAACCUUGCAAACAAUUCUGACCAUUGGGCAGAUGAGAAUACUGGCUCCACACAGAGUACUUUAGAAGUAGCAUUAGCCUGUGCAGCAUCUGUAAUAGGUUCACUUUCAAAUCCACAGCCUUCUGACCCAAACAAUUCAGGACAUAACGAAAAAAAGGAGGUAGUAGAGAACUACAGAGUGGAAGACCACAUCACAGAUAUUGUAGGAUUUCCAAGUGGUAUAGAGGAUGAUGAAUUUUCUGUGCCAUCUGCUUUGUGUGCAAUGACUCGGAUGGCAAGUGCCGUAGCUGUUUGUGGCCUAGGUGAACAAAGACAAACUCAUUACCCAACCACAUCUAAUGGACUUUUGUUGGCAGCUGAUGCAUCAUCAGCUGUAGCUUUACAUUGCAGCAUUGCCUUGGGAACCAGCAUGGAAAAACUCAAAGAUAACAUUGCAAAGGCCCUCCUAAAAGAGGCAGCUCUGGUACUGACCAGCCCCUGCAAAUAUAAGAAUGUGGGGGAGUUUAUAGAGUCUUUAAAUGAGAAAAUCCUGUGCAGUGUAAGUUCUGCUAAACUUGUUCAUGUGGGAGAUGUGGUUAAUGAUGACCUAGCUCACAAUUUAUCGGACACUAUCUUAAGACAUUCAGCUGAGAAGACAGUGCAAGAAGUUGAAGUUCAGCAAAAUUCCACUAUACCCAAUGAUUUUGUGGCAACCACAACUGAACUUCUUUAUAGUGUGAUGCAUUUUACUUGUAAGAAGAUGAGUGAUCUUGUGCAAAGCGGGGACUUGCCCUCGAAUAUAUUAGACGACAUUCCCAAAUCUGUAGGUUUAGAGAAAAGAAACAGUCAGGGGGAUGAACCUGUUCACAGGAAUAAGAACCAGGUAUCCACUUUAUGUAGCAGCGCUGAGCCAGGAAUUGAACCAAAUCCACUCAAGAUGCCUUCAACCGAAGUGAAUGAAGGCAAUACCCUUCCGGCAGAGACAUAUUGCCCUAGAAGUAGUCAAGCUCAAACUAAGACGCAAUGCAGUAAGCAGUGUCAGAGAAGGGAACGCUACAAGCGUCACCACAAUGAUCAAAGAGCCAGGGAAAGUAUUGUUAUGGACGAUGACUGUAGGUAUUGUGUGUCAGACAAAGGAUCCAUGGAUGGAGGUAUGAGUUCAGGAAGUCAGGAUACACUCCACAAUGAGAUACAUAUAGCCAAAGAAUUCUCUAUGAAUUUAUCAUUAGGAAGUAGUAACAUGUUGCACCCUUCUCAAGCUGUCCUCCCACUAAAACACCCCAUCAGCGAUUACUGUUUAACAGACUUUGCAGAUGAUUUGGCUGAAACUGUGGUUUCUAUGGCCACUGAAAUAGCUGCUAUAUGUCUAGAGAACUACAAUGGGAAGCAGCCUUGGUUUUGUGCAUGGGCAAAGGGCAGUGAGUGCUUGUUGACACCUUGCAGAACAGUGAAAAGGAAAAGAGAUACCUCCUCGGGUGGGGCAGUAGUGAGAAGACACAGGCCUCCAAGACUCAGUGAGAUAAAGAAGAAGACAGACGAGCACCCAGAGCUUAAAGAAAGGCUGAUGAACCGCGUAGUGGAUGAGUCCAUCAACCUCGAUGACGCCCUUGACCCUGUCAGUGCUUUUGCCAAUGAAGUGGCUUCUAAGAUAAUGAAUUUAACAGAGUCGUCAGUUGGAGAAUCUCUAUGGCAGGGGCAAAACUUAUCAAGAAACAGAUUACACUGCGACAGAUGGAGCAGAGGUAAAGCAUCCAGCUAUGAAAGUAUCCCUGAGGAAGAUUUAGAUGCCAAAAGUCUUGUCAACACAUUAGGCCCUGGAAACAUGCUAGGACAGCCAUUCAGUAGGACAAGUUCUGUGUCCAAACAGUCCAGCUGUGAAAGCAUCACUGAUGAAUUUUCUAGAUUUAUGGUAAAUCAGAUGGAAAAUGAAGGAAGAGAAUUUGAGCUUUUACUUGACUAUUAUGCUGGAAAGAAUGCAAAUAGUAUCCUGAAUUCGGCUUUGCAGCAGAUUUCCAGGAGAAACAGCCACUUGAAUGUGAGACCUACCUGCCUUUCUAAACAGUCCAGCACAGAGAGUAUUACUGAAGAGUUUUACCGCUACAUGUUAAAGGAAAUAGACAAAGAAAGUAAGGAAAUGUAUUCCAGCAGAAAUACUGCAGAAUGGACCAACAAUUUAAUGCCCCCUCCAUCUCGCACUCCUUUUUGUUUCCGUCAAUCCUCCAUGCCUUGUACCAGAACAUCCAGUGCACGACUGACUGUAAAUACACCAGUUAAAGCAAACUCCCUAGAUGGGUGUUCAAGGAGAGGCUCAUGUGAUAUUCUCAACAUUCAACUUUCAAAUUCUAUCUCUUCCACAAACCUCUGCAAGUCAGACUCUUGUCUAUACCAAAGUUGCCACACUGACCGAGCUACAGAUAUGUUAAUCCAUGAAACCUGGUCCAACUCCAUUGAGGCUUUGAUGCGCAAAAAUAAAAUCAUUGCAGACAGAACGGACAGUGUAGAUGCAGAGGCAUCCUCAUCACCCAAGGGUUCACCAGCACAUGUAGACCGAUAUGCCAGCAAACUGGCUGUGGACAUUGUUCAGAGGGGGAAAUCUCUGCUAGUUCAACAUCAGGACUCAUAUGAGAGCACAAAUAAGGAAAGCUUUAAAACUAAUAUUCAAGGUGGAUGCAAAUCUAUGGAUGCUCAAGAAAUAAUAGGUGUAAAUAAAUCUAAACUUCACCAGCUUGGUGCCUCUGGUGGACCCAUGGAGGUGCCUUUGAUACAAAUCGAACCAGAGCAAAGGGACGAGACAGAUGGAAAGGAUGAUGUCCAUUUAACCAAGGAGAUGCCUUGUCUUGAAGACUUUUCAAAACAGGUUGAAGGAAGAGGCAUCCGCCAUGUGGGCAUCAGGUCCUACCAGUCAAAGCAGUGUAGUGAGAGGUGUGCAGACAUGAAGGCCAGGCCGGAGCUCCCCACUCCUCUGAGCAGCAGUGAGGACAGCACAGGUAGCUGGUCACAGCUGGCGAACGAUGACGAAAUCCCAGACGAUACCAGCAGCUUUCUACAACUGAGUGAACGAUCCACAAGUAAUGGUAACGGCAGCACAAGGAGCAGUAUAGGCGCUGUAGAUCUAGAUGCCUUUCAGGAAAUUGCCCCCCCUGGCACUAUAACAGAUAUAAAACCAGAGAAGACGGUUACCAAGGAUUUGGAGGAGAAUCCAGAUGAAUGUACCUCCGGGUUAUCAGUCGGCACUGUCAGCUGUCAGCGUGAAGUCUCUGUCUUAAACAUUGACCUGGAUUCAGACUGUUCCGAUUGUGAACUACGUAUAACUCUGCAGUGGCUCGCCGCCUCAGAGCUCGGAAUUCCUACUGUCUACUUCAGAAAAUCUCAGGAAAGCAGGAUCCAGAAGUUCCUGGAGGUCACACGGCUCGUCCAAGCCAAGUCCUGGAAAGUUGGGGAUAUAUUCAGCGCCGUCAUCCUUCACUGCAAGGUGCAGGAGCAGAGGAGGGAGGAUACACCAAGCUUUUUCGACUGGCUCUUGGAACUGGGAUAGGAUCCUUCACAGCCGCGACAAGGACAGUCAUAGAGCUCAGUAUGGUCUGGACUCCCCAGCCUAUGUUACAACGCAAACAGACUCCAUUUAUUUUAUACCGUUAUUGGAAGAAGAUUGACAGAUUGUAAAUUUAGAAUGAAAUAGAUACAGUUUUUCAGGCAUGUGGGUCAUGCUUAAUAUUUUUCUAGUACACAUAUAUACUUGUGUAUGUAUAUAAUGGGUGGAGUUUAGUUGGACUUUGUGCGCAUUUUAAGGCCUGUAGUAUUUAACUUUGAACGAGGUAUGCAGAAGAUAUUGGCCCGGUACUGGAACUAAGAAAGCACAAUAGCUGGAUAGACGUGGAGAAAUUUGACGCGUUGCAUUAUAGCACAAAACAAGAUUAUUUCCUCCAUAUGACAACCUGUGUUUCCAUAUGUCACACUAUUUAUUAGGCUGUAUACCAGAUCAGUACAAGGCUGCGUUCAUACUUUGUGGCUAAUUAGCGGUACUGCAGCUAUAUAUGGCAUUUACCACCAUUUGCAUAAUCAAUCCAUAAUCGCAGUAUUUUUUAUGCAAUUUGGGUAAUUCACAGCAAAAGCGAUUUUGUAAUUAGCCGCAACAUGUGAACACAGCAUAAAAGUAGGUGAUUAUUGGCAAUGACACCCCAAAAAUGUUCUUAAAAACCCAACGAAGGUUUUAUUUUUUUUAAAGAAUAUCCAUUUAAAAAAAAGUCUACAUUUGUUUAAAAAAUUUAAAAAAGAUGUUCCCUUUGAGCAGAAGCUGCAGUACUGCCCUGUGAUGAGAGCCUGGUUGGGAAACACUGCCCUGCACUAUACACCCAUUGUAAUGCUACUGGAUGGAAUUACACGGAGGAGUGUCAGAGCAGAAUUCCGCUGGGAAAUUCCGCUACAGUAGACUCACAUUGAUUUCAAUGGGAUUCUGCUGAACUGUUAAAUUACCAUGUUAACAUGGCUUUAGGCCACUUUCACACUAUUGAAUUUCCAAGAGGAGAAAGUCUGCUUGGAAAUUCCGGGGCAGCUGUCUACUAUUGUUUUCAAUGGGAUUCUGCUGUACUAUGCAGAUGGCAGAAUUUCUAUGGAGACAGUUCAUGUCUGAGCGGUCCUAGUGCCAACCGAUUUAGUCAGCACCCGCAGCAUACAGAGCCUCCAUCUGGGUGGGGAUUCCAUAGUGCUGGUGGCAUCGGACUGUGUAGGGACAGUGAUGAACCUAACAAUAUAGCUGAGUUAUAAUGGAUAUUGAUAUUGCACGUGGACAUAUAGAUACGCUUAAAAUGUUUCUUGCCAAAUGAACUUCAUGUGUAGGAUCAUGGAGGUUUUCAUCAAGAAAAGAUCAUCUGGUUCUCUCCAAACACUACUUCUUUAUAUGUGAGAUUUUGUGUUGUCAUUGAUAGCCAGCUGUGAAUAUUGGGAAACGUCUGAGUGAUUUACAGUGUAAACGUCAUGUGUAGUUUUACUAUGUUAUAAAGCGGUGGAGGCGUCAAUGUAGAUAUACUGCAGUGUGCACAGAUUGACCUAUAGUACGGAGGUGACAAUCCAUUAUAUUUGCUAAAUCAAUGGUAAACGAAACAGCUUAUGGUUAAUCCCUCUCCUGUAAUGGAGUCUGCCAACUACAUUAAGCAGCUGUACACUAUGUUGUUGGUAUCAGGUUCUUUGAGUAGAACCCAUCUCACCAUCAGAUAUAUCAGUGAUCUAUAGAUUUAAUCUUCACCUAUGUGUUAAAGUGUAGCCGCCUGCAUCUUGGCUUUUUAUGUGCCGUUUUGCCUUUUUCUUAACAAGCCAUAUUUUUUCUUUAAAACCAGCAGGAAAUGUGGGAAAAAUGUGAUACAUUUUUACCUACAGAUAGAUACAGAACUAAAAAUGACUCACAUUGAGGGUCCACGUUGGGAAAUAAUUCAGUGUCAUCGAUCUCCCCACCUAAUAGUCCAAAGCACAAUAAUUUAGAACACAUCUCCGACCAAAUAAUUAAACAUGCAUGUGCUCAAAAAUGUUUCUCCUCUCUGCAUAGUAUUUCGUUGGUUGGAACAGUAAUAUAUUGCCUAGGGCAUAAAGUAACAUCUAUAGUUGGACACUUCAGAAUUCAUGGAGCCCAGUAUAUGAAGUUUCUUCCAUGAUCCCUUCUCUCCAUGUCAGUGUUGUACAUGGUAACUUCUAGUCAAAGCCGAGUGCCUUCUUUACCUACUUGGAUUAGCACACACAAGGAAGGAAUUUCAGACAUUAAUGUGGAUACAUAAACAGGGAAUUCUGAAUUAAUAGACAGACGGGGGUCAACUCUUCUAGACCAUUAUCUAGAAGCCUAUAUAAAGAGGAUCGGUGAAAUCUAUAUAGGAUUGGGUUCAUAUCUGUGUCAAAAUCCAUUAAGAAAUAAAGGAAGCCAGACAGUCUGCUGCACGACAGACACCAACACAUCCCAAGAGACUCUACUGACUAAGAGUAUCCAUUGGGUUUCCAUCUGGUGUCCCUCAUUUUGCAUGAUUCUAAAAAAAAAUUAAAAUGCAUGCAGUGUUUUCUGAAUCCAUGACAAAGGCUCAAACAAAGCCUCCAAUGCAGAUAAAUGAAACCUCAUACAUAAGCAACCAAGUUAUUUCAAAGAGAUCUGUGUAUAAUACUUCUUUUUCAUAUUACAGCCGCUCUGGGUUCUAUAUCCAGGACAUCCCAUAAUCUGCUCAUUUUUUAGGGAAUCUUAGUCAAAAAACACAGUUAUCAAGCCACAGACCCUUUUUCUUUCUAUAACAGGUAACGUUGGCCAUGCAUUAGAAUUUUUUUAAUGGGGGAAAAAAGACCAGUUUAGGUUAAUGUCUGCCAACAGUUGGCACCUUUUCUUGACACAAAUGAGCUCGAGACAUGCUGAUUGAUAUGAUUUAUAUAUCUGUAGAAUAGUUGAUCUUCCAUAUUUGAUUGCUUCAAUGAUUAGCUAUGUUCACACACAGUAUUUUGGAACAUAUUUUUAGCUUAAUUUUUCAAUGCUUUUAUUAUUUAUUUUUUUGUAGGCUUUUUGGGGGGGUUUAAAACAGCUGCUUAAAAACUGGCCCAAAAUAUUGUGUGUGAAAAUAGCCUAAUUUGGGUUCAGUCAUUGGAAAAAUAUUCAAGCCACCUUAAAGAUCUGUACACCAUUAGAAGAGGCCCAGACUAGGACAACAAUCUCAGUACAGAUUGAACAGCAAUUUUGUAAUCUUUAUUUAUUACUUUCUCAUCUAAAAAGACAACCAAACUAUGUAUACACUACACCCAUAUAGGCUGAUAUAUGGAUGUGCAUAAUACCUUGUAUGAAAUUAAAGAACUCUCUGUAUAAACCUAUUUGUAUAGAUGUAUAAAACCCCUGUAAAUCAAUGUUUGGUAAAUUGACUCACCGAAGAGGCCAAAGACCCAUAAACACAUUCAUGAUAAUACUGUAUAUUCCUGAUUCACGCUUGCCAAACAAAAAGACAUCUCAAAUCUGAUCUGGCAGCUAAAGGUUUUAUUAUUAUUUUUGCCCAUUUCACAGACGAGGGGAUCUGAAUCUUCAUAGUUUUGCCAACUCCUUUCUGGGAUGUUAUUUAUGGAGCUAAAGUGAUAAAUAAAUGUUGUGUAAAUUAUUGAUGUGUGUGUGUAUGAUUUCAUGGCCUGAAUACCAACACAUGGUAUGUAUUAUAGUCAAUGCACUGGAGCAUGGCAUGAUUGCCUAUUGGAGGCAGACUGCAGAGAUUAUCUAAAAAGAAGGUUACCAACUUUUUUCAAGAGACAUGUCAUAUUAUCAGGACCAUUCAAAGGGCAUUUCAGCCAAAGCAGUGUCUUUUACCCAUUUCUCUAAUCCACUCAUAUGGUAUAGUUGCCAUUGCUAAACUGGCUGUAUCAACAAUAAGUUGAUGCGGCAUGUUUCUGUUGCUUAGUAACAAAAUAUUGAGCUAGUUCAAUAUAGGGAUAAGUCAACACUUCUGUGGAAUCUGAGGUGAUGCACGAGGUAGGGUAAACCCACAGUUAGAAAGAUACCCAUUACUCA